CGGCGGCGGCGGCGGCGGUGCCGGGAGCGAGUGAAAGAUGGCGGAGGGCGGCGGCGGCGGCGAGGCGGGCGAGGAGGGGCCGAGGGCGGUGCGGCCGCGGCCCCCGAGCGCGCGGGACUUGCAGUUGGCCUUGGCAGAAUUAUAUGAAGAUGAAGUGAAAUGCAAAGCUUCCAAAUCUGAUAGACCUCACGCUACAGCCUUUAAAAGCCCACGAACAACACCUCAAAGGUUCUAUUCAAGUGAACAUGAAUGCAGUGGAUUACAUAUAGUUCGACCUUCAACUGGGAAAAUUGUGAAUGAACUUUUCAAAGAGGCAAGGGAACAUGGGGCUGUCCCUCUGAAUGAAGCCACAAGAGCUUCGAGUGAUGACAAAUCUAAGUCUUUUACAGGUGGAGGAUACAGAUUGGGUAAUUCCUUUUGUAAGCGGUCUGAAUACAUCUAUGGAGAAAAUCAGUUGCAAGAUGUUCAGAUUUUGCUUAAACUGUGGAGCAAUGGUUUCAGCUUAGACGAUGGAGAAUUGAGACCUUACAGUGACCCAACAAAUGCUCAGUUUCUGGAGUCCGUUAAGAGAGGAGAGAUUCCCCUGGAGCUUCAGCGGCUGGUUCACAGAGGCCACGUGAAUCUGGAUAUGGAGGAUCAUCACGAUGAAGAAUACAUAAAACCUAGACUGAGGUUCAAGGCUUUCAGUGGAGAAGGACAAAAACUUGGGAGCCUCACACCUGAAAUAGUCAGUACGCCUUCCUCCCCAGAAGAAGAGGAGAAGUCACUACUUAAUGCAGUUGUUCUUAUUGAUGAUUCCGUGCCCACGACCAAAAUUCAGAUCAGGUUAGCAGACGGGAGCCGUUUGAUACAAAGAUUCAAUAGCACACACAGGAUCCUGGAUGUUCGGGACUUUAUUGUACAGUCCCGUCCUGAAUUUGCAGCUCUUGACUUUAUUCUCGUGACUUCAUUUCCAAACAAAGAGCUAACAGAUGAAAGCCUGACACUACAAGAAGCAGAUAUUCUUAACACUGUGAUACUCCAGCAACUAAAAUGAUGUUGCUCCUACCCAUGCAGUAGCAUGUAGGAACGGUAAUGUGCCAUGUUAGUGAGGAAAACACUUAGAGCGUAAAAAGUUAUUUUUAUUAUUUAUACAGAUAAAUUUUGGUUUUAUUCUUACUCUGUCUUCCAGCUUUAGUCUAGACACAUUUGGAGUAGGAAUAGAUCUUGAGAAGCAUGUUUGAGGUUUUAGCUGCGAGGGCUGGCUUCUGUUGAUGGCUUUUAAAUAUUCAGGCAAACCAGUUUGAUACAUGAUCAGAGUUAAUGCAACAACAUUUGUUUGCAGAGAAAAUGAACAAACCCCCAUUUUGAUAAAUGCAUUUGGUAAAAUCUGCACUAAAGUUUCUCGAUGCUGCAUUGAUCAACAGCCAUUAAGAAAUAUUCUGAUCAAAUACUUUGAAAAUUUUUCUGUAAUGUGUACCAAAAAGUAUCUGUAUCUGAUUUUGAAAUACUUUGAUCAUACGAUAAUUAUUUCUCCUAUUAAGAUUUUACACAUCCUUUUUCCUUGCUGAUUUAGCUGUUUACUCAUGUCAGAAAAUACAGUUUAGCCUUGUAUUUACAGGACUCUGACCAUCCUAAACUAGAAACAAAGACAAAGGUCAGCAGUUCCUGAGGAGAUGUGUCACCAGCACUUUAGAGUAACUCCAGUCCCUCGCAGAGCCUGUCGUGACCACAUUCACUUAUUCAUUCAGCACGUUGUUCUAGAGGACCCAUUACAUAUACUAAACACUGUUCUAAGUGUUCGACCCAGAAUGUAGUCUACUGCAAGACAAAGUGAGUGUAGAAAUACAGGAAUGUAAAUUCUGUCAGCCAGGCUGGAUCUGCAGAGUUACCAGCGUAAACGUCUGCGUCUCUGCUGACGCCACGUAUCUCCUGAGGGAGGGAGGCUACAGCAGGAUGAGAGAAAAGCUCUUCCUUCUUCCCAGACACCAUUUCAUCUUUGGUCACCCCUCCUGGUUAGUCUUCUAUUGUAGUCUUUUAUUGCUGCUGUAACAAAUUACUACAAAUUUAGCGGCUUAAAACAGCCUAGGUUUCUUCUGUAGGUGAGAUGUCUCACGUGGGUCUCACUGGGCUAAAGUCGGGUGUCAACAGGGCAGCAUUCCUCUGGGGAGGCUCUAGGGGAGAAAUGUUUCCUUGCCUUUCCAGCUUGGAGAGGCCACCUGCAUUCCUGGGCCUGUGGCCCUUUUCCAUCUUCACGACCAGCAAUACUGUAUGUCUCUGGCUCCAGUGUCAUCACGUCUCUUUGAGGACCGCCGGGAAAGAGUCUCUGCUUCUGAGGACUCAUGUGAUUAGAUGGGUCUGCCAGAUACUCCAGGAUGACCUCCCAUCACAAGGUCCACAGUAACCUUAACCGAAUCCUUGAAAUCCCUUUUGUCGUGUAAGGUGACCUGUCACAGGUCCCUUCUGCAGGCACCAGGGGUGGUCUCUUCUUCGCCUCAUCCAACUUGUAGAGGCGGGUGGCAUCCCUUCCCUUGCGGCCGUAUCCCUCCACGUCUCCGCUUCUGUCCUGACAUCAUUUACUUCCGACUUUGAUUCUCCUGCUGUCUUCUUACAAGCACCCUAGUGCUUACAUUAGGUUCACACAGAUAAUCCGGGAUAAUCUCCUCAUCUGAAGUAUGAGUGAGCAUCUGGGUGUGCGUCCUGGGACACAGUUUCUCUCCAUCUGUGAACCUAGAGACCCAGGUAUCUGCUCCCAAAUAUAAGGGUUAGACAGGCGUAGAAUAAUCGUUACAAACCUUCCUGUUCAAAAAAAUAGAGACUGGAAGGGAAGAAGGAGGCAGCAGUGCCAAGCGAUUUAGAAGUUCAGCCAGGCACAGUCCGUUAGGUUUCGGGGCCUGCGAGUAUCUUCUGUGGCUCCCAGCAGCAUCCCACAGACGUGUGGCUUUCCCUCAGGGUCUUUCCUUAUACAUGAAAGGUAGCAGGUGUCUGCAGCUGAGUACUUUGGUCAGCUUGUUUCUUGCCUGUGGAAUCGUGGGAGGUCCAGCCAUCUCUUUUCGUUUCAUCCUGUCUCUGUCCCUUUUAGUUUAAGACGCAGUGUCUGUGGGUCUUCUGUGCCUGUUACAGAAGUUGCUGCAUUAGACCGGAGGCUCCUCCCCAGAGCUUUCCUAGAUAAUCCAGCUCUCUUUCUGGCCUUUUCUGAGAUGGCUGAGGGGCUCUGUGAGUCACACUCUUAAUCUCUUUAAAGAGCCUUUGAUGUGACCUUUUUUUUUUUUUAUCUUUCUCAGGUAUUAGCAAAAAGUUAUAGGCCACAAUCUCAUCUCUUUCCUUAGAGCCGUCUUUCCUGACAGUGAAUCUCUUAAUGUCUUUGCCGUUCGGGUAAACUAAGAAUUUCCAAGUUAUCAAGUCCCGUUUCCUUCUUUUUUAACAGUCCUUCCCUCAAUUGAUCUGCUUCCUCUCACGUUUUACCAUAAUCAGUAGGGAGAAAGCAGGCUGCGCCUUCCCCGCCUUGCUUGGAAGUCUUUUCAGCUCGGUGUCCCGAGUCUCUCCCUCACGCCUCUGGCUGUCCCCGCGGCUGCACUGCGGCCAAGCCUCCUGCCGCUGUGUCGCUGUGUCGCCGGCAUCUCUUUACCUUCCGCUUCCCGCAGCACGUUCCGCAUUCCCCCCUGAGCCCUCACUGGCCGCGCCUUUCAGGUCCUUGUCGCUAGUAGGCGUGUCCUCCCAGCAGCCGCGAGCGCCCCUUGCCUUCUCGGAGCCCGUGCUGGCUGCCGUCCGCAGGGGUCAAGGCGGCCUCGGCUCUCUCCUCCCGCUGCACGGGCGCAAGGCCACCUCUGCAUUGUAGGUCUUUGUUACAGCAGCGCUCGCUGCAGGGUGUCUGCCAAAGCCCACUGUGCCUCCUCGCUGCCGCCUGACUGGAAUGUGCCAGGAGGAGCUUUGGACGUGACCUUUCUCCGGGCCUCCCCUCGCUUCCAGGAGCUGAACUUACCCGUGUGAGGGGCGGCUACCGCGGAAGUGUUGGUCUCAGCCCCGCAGAGAAAGCUUGUUCUCGGUGUCGUAAUCCGGAGUAAGAAUCGUAGUCCUGAGUCUUCUCAGAAUGGGAAGCUCUGUUCCUUUCCGCUAAUUGAAAAUAACCUGGAGAAUAUAGAAAUGACCGUUCAAAAAGUCAGCCUCUGUUCAGAAAGGUUACCAGGGAUAAACUGCAUUUUCAAGGGGCAAAGCCGUAUUCCUGCAGAAAGAAUCUAUUGAAACAAGUUAAUAUCUUAAAUAGAAGGGCAUUGCCCUGUUUUGGAUUAACAAAAUGGAGAAAACAAUUAACCAAACCCUGUAAAAUUAUUUGAAACGUUAUUCUUGUAGUUCCUUUUUAGUCCGUUAGAUGGCGUGCCUGUAGACGCACAUACAAAAACGACUGCCAUUUCUGUAUAUAAUGGUUCCAAGAUAGAUUCCCACCGGGAGGGAGGAUCAAACAUCCAGAGGGAUGAACAGUACUUUCGUGUGUUCUACAAAGUGUUUUGCUUCGUUUAGAGUUUUCCUGAAUUCUUUGUACUGUUGCAGUCGCUGUAACUUUUAAAAUUUAUAAUCCUCUCAGAAGAGAUUGUGUGACGUCAAUUGUUUUGCAUGACGUGUGUAAGGACGUUUUCACGCACCAAUAAAGAAUGUUUUCACUGAAAGUGAUUGAAAAUCCUUUUCAGAAUUCCCUUUGAUUUGCAGCUUUUUUUGAGUGGCGUAGUGGAGCAUUGUAAGGGUAACAUUUCCCGUGGUACGUCUUUUUGAUGGGCAGAAGGAUCUGAGCUGUAGCGAUGUUAUCUGUUUCCCAUUACUGAUUCUGUUUUUAUUCCACCAAAAUAAAGGUGCAGAUUUUUCUUCA